CUGAUAAUUGCUCACCAGGAUCAGGAAGCAUUGAAGAAAGGUUCUGAGAUAUUUAAAUGGCCGGAAAAAAUUUCGAAAGUCGUUGGUCUGUGGCCUUUAUCGUUGAAUCCCUAUUUAUUUGGUAUAGGUACAUGUUAUUAUACUUCUUAUCUGGUGCUAGCAAUAAUAGACAUGUAUAAAUCGGUCACCAAUACUGAAAUGUUCAUUGAUAAUAUUUCGGAGACUUUGGGAAUUGUGAUGGUAUUCGUCCGUAUGUUAUUUUUCUCUAUCAACAUUUCUAGUCUUGGUGAGAUAUUUUCGCAAGUAUUCAAGGAUUACAACGUCAGUGAUUUUAAAAAUUCUGAAGAAAUCGAAGUAUUUAUGCAGUUUAUUAAUAAAGGUAUAUUUUUGUUAAGAGGAUUCGCCAGUUUCAUGAUAGGAACCGAAUUCGUUUGGUACUUCGGUUCAUUGGCAGCAACACCUGAGUUCUUCAUUGAUGACAACAAUCAAACAAUAUUUAUCAUUCCCUACAAACUUUAUUUUUUCCAUGAAAUAAAUAGCUUGACGCGUUAUUACUUGACAUUCUUAUGCAUUAUGCCAACGGUUUGGCUCUUUGGCUUCGGAAAUAUGUCAGUGGAUUCCAUUUUGAUAUCACUGCUUUUUUAUAUCAGUGGAAAGAUGGCUGUGUUGACAAUGAGGAUUGACGCGCUCGAAAACGGCCCUGAUUCCAGGAAGAAACUCAAUGGAAUAAUCGCCGAGCACUCUAAAUUAUUGAAAAUGGGAGAUGGCGUUAAAGAUGCUUACAGUGCUGGAUUACUAGUUUACUUGGUAAAUACCAAUGUGAUAAUCUGCAUUAUCGGCUACCAAAUUUUAAUAAGUUUUAUGGCGGGAGGGCAAGAAGCAGAAAUAAUUCUAUUUAGUCUGUUCAUGAUGCAAAUGUAUGCGAUGUUAAGUAUUUAUUGUAUGAUCAGUGAACAUAUGACUGCUGAGAGUCUGAAAUGUUGCGAAGCAUUUUACAACAUUCGCUGGUACAAUUUUCCGAUUGAUUGUAGUAAAGAUAUUGUUUUCUGUAUUGAACGUUCUCAACAACCGCUUGCACUUUGGGCAGGUCAAUUUACAACAUUUAGCAGCGUUACUCUUACAGACGUAACAAAGACCGCAUUGAGUUACCUGUCAGUUCUUCGUAGCUUCAAGAUCGCCGAG